CAGCCAGCGGUAUAAACAGAAUCAGCUGUUCUAGUUGAAGAAUGAUUUUAUGUAAUUGAAAUGGCUACAAAACAGGAUAAUGUUGACUCAAAAUCGAGUAAUUCAAAGACCACAAUAGAUGAUGCGUGGGCGAUUCGCCCCUGCCACCUGUAUAAAGAGGAGUACGAUGACUGCACGAGCUUCAAGGCCCGCUUCCACCAGUACUUCAUUUUUGGCCAGGAUACAGACUGCUCCCAGUGGCUGACCGAUUACCGAAACUGCGAGCGGUAUCAGCAGUCCAACGGCAACGAUGUGGCGGCCGGAGAAGCGGUGGUCAAGAGCGAAGAAGAACGCCGUCGGAUUCGCCUGCGCGCACACUUUUCCAACGACACCUGGCAGAAGCGGAAGGAGCCGCCGCAGGACUGGGCCGCUCCACUGCCCGAUUGGAUGGAAAAGCGCAAUGAAAACACCUAUCUGGAGCUAAAGCAGAGAGAGCUCUCCGGCAAGGAGGCGCCAAAGGGCGAGGAGCGCUCACUGUGUGCGAUUAUGUGAAAAUAUAUAAUGUAGCUAGGGAAAUUAAGAUGUUGUUUUACUAUCAUUUAA